UUUCAAAUUCUCAUCAUAAUUACAGCUAAACGCCGAAAAAUUCAACAAUGGAUCGUAACAAACCGAGCUCUGGCGCUCGGUCAACCAAAAAGCAAAUUGGCUUGCCGCAGAGCGAGUUGUUCGCAUUGGGCUCGAAAUCCGGUCCCAGCUCCCGAGUGGAUGACUCGAAGAACAAACCCGGCGGCGUAAGUGGAGGGGAACGAAAGCGGGAUGCCGCUGCGCUGGUCAGUGCGGUGGCCGCCAAGAAAAUCAAACUCGCUGGAGCGGGUAGUUCCGGAUCGGCGGGCUCAUCGAUGCCGGGUACGAGUAAGCCCAGCUCGGGAGGGGACAGUUCCAGCUCCAGUAGUGUGCUCGAGUACUGGGAACAGAUGGCACUCGAUUGCGAGUCGGUGGAUCUGGUUUCGUCGGUGCUGGGGGCCAUCGAUCAGCAGGACAGCGACAGCGUUGUGGGGUACAUUUGCGGAGCGAUGAAGCUGCUGAUUUCGCCCAAGGCCAAGUCGGAAUCGGUGCUUUCGUUGUCGCUGCUCUAUCUGGCCAAAAUCCGUCCGCAUCUGUUUUGCAACGAGACGAUAACGUCGGCGCUGAUUGCCGUUUUGAAACGGGAUACGCAGAAUUCGUUCAAGGGUCGGAAUAAUCCGACGGUUCACAUCCUGGCGUGCAAUCUGUUGGCCAGGGGAUAUAGCGAUAAGAAGCAGUGGCCGGAAAGUUUGAUCCGGACGUACAUCGACGAUGCGAUCAAUGACCGCGUCUGGGUGGACUACGAGGAAUGUGCACCGUUUACGGAUAAUUGCGUGGCUGCCCUGGGGACGAAGAUUCCACCGAAGUGGAUGCUGCAACCGGAGCUGAGCGCCCUGAAUCCCAGUGCCCGCGAAAAUCCCGCUCUAGACGAUGAGCAUUCGACGGACAGUGGAAUGUUUGGCGAUGCAUUGGGUAAAGAUCCGGAUGCAAAUCCGCCUCGUUUUGCACAUAUUCAAGAACAGGUGGAGAAGAUGGUUGUGGAAGCAGCUAAGGAUCAACUAAACCGCCGUCAAGCACCUGAUUGUUCUACCAGGAACUUCCUAAAAUUCCUAUCGCUAGGAUCCGGAAUACCGGAAGUAAGGGCAUUGGCUAUCCCUCGGUUGGAGCUUUGGAUUCACAACGGAAAGCUAAUGAAACCGGCUCAGGAGCUGCUGACGUUCAUUUGCUACAACGUAACUGGGCAGAAUCCGAAAGAUCACGAGGUGCUUUCCAAUUUGGUGAAGAUGCGAUUGAAGACAAAACCGUUGAUCAACAUCUUUAUGACCUGCUUGAAGGAGAUGAUCAACUGCCAGUCGGAAAUUUUAGGCAUUAUGCUGAAGUAUGUUGUACAAAAUGAGCUUUCCAAUGCUCGUAAUCCGAACAACAUGGGCAUGCUGGCGACCAUGUUCCAGGCCAAACCUACGGAAUCUGCGACUCACCUGGCGGAAAUCUAUCAAGAAUGUUUGCUCCAAAGAGAAGAUGUCUUAAGGACCCUGCGAGUCUUCCUUCGAGAACUGGUCAAAAUGCUGCGCUACGACAUCAACUUAAUGGUCUUCUCCAAAGCUCUGUUGACGAAUCGUGCUGAUCUAAAGUCGCAAGUUAUUAGUUCGGAAUUCCGCGAUCGUAUCUUCCACUCCGUCGUUGAUUUGGUAUGCCUUUGCAUGUUCCUUUCAGUGUCUCCACAGAUAAGAGAGGCCAAUGCAUCGAUCCGAAGCGGAAGAGAGCCAAAGAGCUUCCCAGCGUUGACAACCUUCUACCAGCAGAUGUCCACAAUCCAAUUCGAUACUCUCACUUGGAUGCAUGAAGUGGUUCCCAUCGUCUACAUGCCAUCUCCAAACGAUUUCAAAAUGGCAUUCCAUAAAAUGCUAUUUCUGGAUUCCCCGGAAGCAUACGCCAAGGGAGAUCAAUGGCCACCGGAGCCGGAACGCGCACCCCUGCUGAGAAUCGUUUCGGAAAUUCCGCUCCAGCAAAACUCUAUGCUUCGGAUCAUCCUCAUUGGAAUCACCAAGGAGAUUCCUUUCACCAUCCCGGACACGAUGGAAAUAAUUGAACAACUGGUUCGCCGGGCCGGAUCGCUCCGACACAUCGACUACCCACCGCUGGAUGUGGCCAAUUUGGAAAUUAUCGAUCUGCUGUUCAAGAUGUCCGAAUAUCAUCACCCGGAUAACAUCGUCCUCCCAUCCAACUACGAACCGCCAAAUCUGGCCAUCUCUUCUCUCUACUGGAAAACGUGGAUCAUCCUGUUGCUGAUCUCCGCCCACAACCCAUCCAUCUUUGGAUCGUUUUGUUGGGAACAGUACCCGAUGUUGCGCACCCUGAUGGAAAUGUGCAUAACGAAUCAAAUUGGACCGACUAAACCGUCGGAAGAGGAACUCCAAGUGGCCACAGCGGAAAAGAGCCAAAUUCUGGAAUUUGAAAAUCACCUGGCUUCUAACAUUAUCAACGAGCAAAACAGCCUCCUGCUGUCCCAGCUGAUCCUUAUGGAUCCCCGAGGUGUGGCACGACGUCCACCCAAUCACGUUCUAGAACAAAUUCAAUCGUUGAACGUCACUCAUCGCUUGGGCCACCUGUUGUGCCGCAGCCGAAAACCGGACCUUCUGCUGGAGAUCAUCCAGCGCCAGGGAACGUCCCAGGCCAUGCCUUGGCUGGCCGAUUUGGUCCAGAAUAGUGACGGAGAUUUCAAUCACCUGCCGGUGCAGUGCUUGUGCGAGUUUUUGCUCUCCAAUUCGGGCACGGUUAUUGUGGAAAAUAGUCGCGAGGCGGAAUUGCUGAUCUACUUGCAGAAGGUCGUGCAGGACGAAACCGGCGAUCAUCAGAUGAUUUGCGAAAUAAUGGAGUACUUUUUCCGCCGGUUGUCCUCGUUUUCGAACCACUCCCGGCAGUCGGCCAUCCGGGGAUUGAAGCUGCUGUUGAAGGUCUUCCAAGAGGAGAACGAUCCCGUGCCCAUCGAAAGCAACAACUCCGACUGGUUACUGCGCUAUCUACCGACUAUCCCGCACUUUGCGUACGUACGACCAAGCGUAGUGGUUCAGUUGAGAUCAGCCUGCCAGGUGGAAAACUCUCCCGAACUGGUCAUGGUUUACAUCCAGUUCAUUGCGGCACACACAUCCAUGGAUUCGGAGGCCGAUAUGUUGGAACAUGUGAUGGACAUGUCGCACCUGAUUGUCGAACGGAGCACCAUCUUUUCGCACAUUAUUCCGACGGAAACCGAUCAGAGUGAGGCUCGGGUUCAAACUCUCAACUGCUUGUUUGUGAUGUUUAACAAUUUUUUGAUUAAGUUACGGGAGUAUAAGAUCACGCAGGCUUUCGCAGAAUACCAAGAUCUCUUGUUGGUUCAGUUUGCCGAUGAGAGUCAGUGUCAUAUUCAUUUGAAUAUCAUUCAAGCCUUCGUGAUUCUUUUGACGCACUCGACGUAUAUUCCGAUGGCGGCGCAGAUUUUGGAUUACUGGUUCCCGGAAGGCGCUCCGCCACCACAAGCAUUCAAUCUUGACACAUCCGAACCGGUACAGAUCUUGCCCGAUUGGCUCAAACUGAAGAUGAUCCGGAGCAACGUCGAUCGCUUGGUUGACGCAGCACUGCAGGGACUUACCCCCGAUCAGAUCGUCCUCUUCGUGCAAAACUUCGGAACUCCUAUCAACUCGAUGUCGAAAUUGCUGGCCCUGUUGGACCGUGCCGUAAUUGAACAAUUUGAAGCAGUCAAUAACGCCAUUCUACACAAAACGUAUCUCACCCAGUUGGUGGAAAUUCAACAGGCGAGGGGAGCCAAGAAUGGCCACAUUUCCAUACAAGCCCUGGAGCUGGAUAAUCAACCGAUCGGUGAUCCUCCCAUGAUGAACGUAACGAUCAUGCAACCGCUGCAGAUCGAUUUGAGCGAAGAUAGCACAAGAUCGAGAACGAUAUCCGAGCAGAGUAAGCCGGCUUCCAAGACGAAGGAAAUCGAAGAAGCCGUCGAGAUCGUGCUGACUCAUCCGGUGAUUGCCAAACCAAAUAUGCCCAAGUACCGGAAGCUGAUCCAACGCUUGAACAGUGGGGGGAAAUCAUCCAAGUCGCAAGAGUACACCGCCAACAAGGUGCUGGGCUACUUGGGUCGCUUGAUCAAAAGUGCCCAGGGCCAGUAUUUAAUCAAGAACUGGAUUCAGAAUCCACAGAUGUGUUGCUUCUUCCGGUCGCUGUUGGCAAUUCCACCGGAAAAGUUUGAAAAUCUCAACUAUCUGCUGCACAUACUGGACGAAAUCAUCAAGUAUAUGAAUCCGACAUCGAACACGGUGUUGUUACAGAUUUUGGUCGGCAAGCGUCAACAGUUGGUGAAGGUAGCCCAGAAGGACAACCUGCAAGGCCAAGGUCAAUCGCAACCCAGUCUGCUGCAAGCUCUCACCACCAACAAAGCUUCGGAGGUGGAACGUAAGGGUCGGCUGCAGUUGCGUCAAACCAGCACCGAUGACAUGAUCAACGUGAUUUCCACUUUGCUGAAAAGUGGCCACGAGAUCAAGAUGGAAAUUGCGGAGUUGCAGUUUGACAAGCGUGGACUACUGGUGGAUUGGCUGGCAGAGGCGGACUCCGAGUUGGUGCACGUGAAUAAGGAGAUACAGAUGGAUAUGUUGUUCAACCGGAGUCUGGGAGAGUUUCGACCGUACUUGCUGUCGCUGAUGAGCCAUCAGGCCAGUUGGUCCACGCUUCAUGAAACGGUUGAUUUAGUGAUGGAGAAGUAUAAUGGAGCUUAUGAUCCUUGUUCAGUGCUAGAUUUUAUCAAUGCGCUCACUAGAAACCCUAAGCUGUGGCAAGGAAGAGAUAAGGCCGUCCCGAAGCACGAACAAAUAGAGUAUAUUGUCACGCUAAGUGGAAAACAGAUCAAAACCUUCAUAGAUUACAUUUUGGCUGAAUCAAAUCCUGAGAAAAUGUGUGAUCGAGUGAAGUUGCUUCUCCAGUGCGUUGACUGCAAGUUUGAUUAUCUCGAAGAAAUGGUCGAGUAUGCAGUUGGCAAGAAACAUCCGUCGUCGAAAAUGUUUCUUCAGCAGCUCUACCUGAACAUUCCGCCGAUGAAAUUCUUGAUGCCUCACGUUGACAACGUUUAUGAUGCAGAUGUCCGUAACGCCACGGGAUGCGUUGGGGACAAGUUUACUUACUACAUUCUGACGACGAUCGCUUGCCUGACAGUACCAAGAGAUUUCCAGCAGAUGUCUGCGGAAAUGGAACUGAUUGUUCGUAAACUGGCAGCCUCUCAUCCCGUUCUUUUGCUUCGUCAGAUGUCCGUACUAGCCACCUUACUGCAGGGAAGAGCCCACAUGGAUCUAUCGGUUUUAAGAGCCGAGUAUCAUUUUCAUCUAUUUCAUCAAGUCAUGGGAAUUCUUGAACUGCUUCAGCCACUUGUGUUCGAGGAUAGCUACAAAACGGGUCUCCAGAAUGCCUUGGAUUGCUACUUUGCACUUUUGAGAAACCAUGGCAGCGUAAAGGAAACCUAUACCCUCAUCUAUCGCUUCAUGGAAUUCCUCCAUGCUUACAUUGGUGCCAAUCCCAAAAUGGCAAUCAGUUUCAUACAAAACUACUCGGAUCUCCUUAAUGACCUGGCCCAUCAACACUACGAUCUUCAAUCCCUGCAGCAGCUCGUCCAAGGUCUAUCGAUGUUCAAACAACGUACACCGACAGCACCUGCUGCCAUCAAAUCUGAACCCGAGGAACCGACUCCAGGAACAUCCAAGUGCGUCAAACCUACAACCGUAGCCAACUUGGACAGCGCACAGCAAGCAACGGCCGCCAUAAUGAUGUCCACCUACGUCAAAAACGAAGUUUUGCCUCAGCACUGGCAGGAACUGACUCACGCAAUCCGAUCACGUGAAAUCGACGAUAUUUCCACUCCUCUUCAGGAAGUGGACGCCCUGACAGUCAAACGUCCAAAUCUUCUGGAGGAAGUCUUCGACGAGAUCAUUCGGUACCUAACGCAUUCCUCCGGUUCCAUUCGUCAGACGGCCCACUCACUGGUAACGCGUUGGCUCAAGCAAAACCCGGGCAAUUUCGCCACCAACAGUACGGCGUUGACAGCGUUCGUGCAGUGUCUCUACCACGAGGACGUGGCCGUCGUGCAGAGUGCACUGGACAAAACGACCGAGUAUGCACUGUGUUUGCAGGAGUACGCACCGCAGAUUCUGAUGACCAUGUUCAACCUAGGCAUCACCAAUAAGAUCAAUACGUACACAACGAUUAGACGAUGCGUUCAGGCGAUCAAGAAACAACAUGCCUGUUGAAAUAUCGCUUGAGAGGAUACAUUUAAGCGUAUAGGUAUGUAUCUCCUAUUGAAUUUUCGAUGGAAAUAAAAAGUAUCUUCUAUGUAAAGUCGCGCUCGAGAUGCUAGUCAAUGUUCCGAUUCGUCAUGCCGUGUGGUAGGGUUAUCCUUAAGGCGUAAUUCUAUCUUCUGUAUUGUUGUUUGAAUGACAUUAAUGUUUAUUUGAGUUACUGUGGUACACUUUAGUUCCCCAACUAACAUUUAUUGUGAAUGUAAACGUCAACAAAGCGUCCUUAAUACGGCUCGAUGCUGAGUUACUGUGUUGUACAUAUGGACGGAAGCUUCUAUGCAAGCCCUAUACCAAUGAAUCUGGGGAACUUAAUCAGCUUGUACAUGCUGUGCGAUCAGCUUCUAUGCCACCUAGUCAUAGCUCUUUUCUCGGCUCCUAUGUAACCACUAACUGAAUAACAUCUUGAGAAGGCGCUUUUUCAGCCUUUUCGCAGUUGUUAAAUAAUAGUUUUACGGCAUCCCCAAAUUAAACGAUUAAAUAUGGUAAGUGGGGGCAGGAUGGGUCACCUAAGAAAUGGAUCCCUAUAACUUUCUGAAUAUAAAUCGCAUUUCUCUGUAUUCUACCACGACUCUCAGAUACACUAGUCAGCUAUGAUAUAAGAGUAUAAAAAGGUAAUAAAGUUUGAAACCUGCUUCUUGACAAACAAUUUUCAAAAUAUGACCCAUCUUGCCCCACCUCAUUUUAACGGGGGCAAGAUGGGUCAGCUAUUAGAAAACUUGAUUUUCCUCCAACAAAAAAUACUAUAUCUUCUAGUUUUUCUCUAUACAGCUUCAUAGACGUACAGAUUACAUGAAGAAAGUGUUGAAACAUAUCGGUAGAUUAUUCUCAGAACUAGAAGAUUUUUGUAAGGGUAGCCAUAAACGGACUUCAAAAACCCAUAUUUCUUGAAGGAAAAUUUAAAAAAUAUGUUCUCAAAUUUUCAGUGCUCUCAUCGCUUCGAUAAUGUAGGUCACAGAAUAGCCUUUCCAUGAAAAAUAAAACAUUUUCAAAAACUAUGCAAACAUACCGAAAAAUUAGGGUGACCCAUCUUGCCCCGUCUACACAAUACACGUAGUUAUAUGGAAUGUAUAGCAUAAGGAGUAUAACGAAAAAAUAUUUUAUUUUUUUCUGUGCGAGGAACGUAUAGAAUUUUCAAAACAAUAUACCACUUUUUUGUGUAUCCCCGUCGUUCAUCUGGGAAAAUUAUUGAAAGAUUCAAAACAUAUAUUGUGCGAUUGAAAACGGUACUGACCCAUCUUGCCCCCACAUACCAUAUAA